CGCCCGCCCGCCCGCCGGACCGCUGCUGGGGCUUCUCGCCUCUGCUCUUCUUCCCCGCGUCCGGGCUCGGCUGGCUUUUCUAAGCCAGAUUAUAAAUUGGUAGAAUGAAAAAGUUUAAGAGAAGACUAUCCCUCACCCUUCGUGGAAGCCAGACCAUUGAUGAAUCACUUUCUGAGCUGGCAGAACAAAUGACUAUUGAAGAAAACAGUAGCAAGGAUAAUGAGCCCAUUGUGAAGAAUGGCAGGCCUCCAGCGUCGCACAGCAUGCACUCCUUCCUCCACCAGUACACGGGCUCUUUCAAGAAGCCCCCCUUGCGGAGACCGCACAGUGUGAUAGGGGGAAGUCUCGGCUCCUUCAUGGCCAUGCCCAGAAAUGGAAGCAGACUCGAUAUUGUUCAUGAAAAUUUAAAAAUGGGAUCAGAUGGUGAAAGUGAUCAAGCUUCUGGAACCUCAUCAGAUGAAGUCCAGUCUCCCACAGGUGUUUGUCUCAGAAACAGGAUACACAGACGAAUCUCUAUGGAGGAUUUAAACAAACGUUUGUCUCUUCCUGCGGACAUUAGAAUACCUGAUGGUUACCUAGAAAAGCUGCAGAUAAAUAGCCCUCCUUUUGAUCAGCCCAUGAGCCGGCGCUCUCGGAGAGCCUCCUUGUCGGAGAUUGGAUUUGGGAAAAUGGAGACCUAUAUCAAAUUGGAAAAGCUUGGAGAGGGAACCUAUGCAACUGUAUAUAAAGGAAGAAGUAAACUGACCGAGAACUUGGUAGCAUUAAAGGAGAUCCGCUUGGAACAUGAAGAGGGAGCACCGUGUACAGCCAUAAGAGAAGUUUCAUUAUUAAAGGAUCUAAAGCAUGCUAAUAUUGUUACAUUACAUGACAUCGUUCACACAGAUAAAUCCUUGACUCUAGUCUUUGAGUACUUGGACAAAGACUUAAAGCAGUACAUGGAUGACUGUGGCAACAUCAUGAGCAUGCACAAUGUGAAGCUUUUUUUAUACCAGAUUCUUCGUGGGUUGGCCUAUUGCCACAGGAGGAAGGUGCUUCAUCGGGACCUGAAACCGCAGAACCUCCUCAUUAAUGAGAAAGGAGAAUUAAAGCUGGCAGAUUUUGGACUAGCAAGAGCGAAGUCAGUUCCCACAAAGACCUACUCCAAUGAAGUCGUCACGCUUUGGUACCGGCCGCCUGAUGUGCUCUUGGGCUCCUCCGAGUACUCAACGCAAAUCGACAUGUGGGGUGUUGGCUGCAUAUUUUUUGAAAUGGCAUCGGGAAGACCCCUUUUUCCAGGUUCUACUGUGGAGGAUGAAUUGCACCUCAUCUUUCGACUUCUCGGAACGCCGUCUCAAGAGACUUGGCCAGGUGUUUCUUCAAAUGAUGACUUCAAGAACUACAACUUUCCUAAAUAUAAACCACAGCCUCUAAUCAAUCAUGCACCCAGGCUAGACUCUGAAGGAAUUGAAUUGAUAACAAGAUUUCUUCAGUAUGAGUCAAAGAAAAGAGUUUCCGCAGAGGAAGCCAUGAAACAUGCAUACUUUCGAAGUCUGGGAACAAGAAUACAUGCUUUACCUGAAAGUGUCUCAAUAUUCAGUUUGAAAGAAAUUCAGUUGCAAAAGGACCCUGGUUUUCGAAAUUCUUCUUAUCCAGAGACAGGACACGGGAAGAACAGAAGACAGAGCAUGCUCUUUUAAGUUCGCUAGCAGGAUUUCAAGCUCAGCCCCAGCCUCCCUUACCAAUCAAGGACUCAGAUCUGAAGGCCAUUCUUUGUUUUGGUGGACUUGGAAUCUCCGUGUGUCUACGCUGUCCUCUUCCCAGUGGAGUCUUUUUAUUUCCAACCUGCAGAUUAUGUUUUUAUAUUUGUUGUCACAGUGUGACAAUUUCUUGUACAGUCGGUUUUAAGGUCUCCUCUGCCACGAGAGCCAGUCGGUUACAGCUGUGGCUGUAGCCGGAGCUGCCAUUUUUGUGCAGGACUGAGAAACACAGUGCAUUAUUUAUUGCGGAAUCAUUGCUGCUAAGUAACUACUGUCUGUCUAUUUAACACAACAGUUGAAUGCCUGAAGAAGUUGCAAUGGCUUUAUGAUAUGUGAAUGCAUCUGUUUCUCCUCAUAAACUGUUUGACUGCUGCAGUCUGUUUGUUUGUUUGUCUGUCUGUUAUUUUUUAUUAAACUGCAAUGUUUCCUGGAAUGUAAACUUAGCUUUGCUCAUCCUACCAUGGGCGAACCAUUCGAUGCUCCCAAGUCCAUGAGACAGUUUCUUAUUUAACAUUGGCGAUGAGCACGUUAUGUUUAGCAAAGCUACGUGUUGCCCAAGUUGACUCAAGCCAGUGAAUACCGGCCCCCCCCGGCCCCCGACCCGAGGGAGAGAAGGAGGGGAGGAAGGAUCGAGCCCCGUGGACUCUCUUUGUCCGUCAGCUCCCUCUUAGCAACGUCUCGUGCUCCCGACCUUCCUUUAUGUUGUGUUUUAGUCCGCUGAGGACUGGCUCACACACGUCCAUUCAGCCCGCCCUCUUGUCCUGUUAUUCUUCUGAAACAGUUUUCUUUGGGGAGAAGCAGGAUGAUUUUCUCUGUUGGAGAACAGCUUUCAUUUCCUGCCUCCCCCCCACCUCCCCGUGCUAGUCACUUGGAAUCAGCUGGAAGCUGUGAUAGGUAUGUGACGUGAGCCAUGACUAACGACAUGCUUUUCCCACCAUGAGAACUUGGAGGCUGUCCACAGCUCGUCGCCAUUCUCUGUCCCCCGGAGAUGAUGGGCGUCUGGCUCUGCCUGGGCAUCUCGCUGAGCGCCAGAAAUGCACCCGGUGGAUGAUGGGAACCGUGGUUUUUAAGCAUUUGUGUUCACCUUUAACAAUGAUUUGUGUCGUGCAUCUUACAGACUGUAAAUCUUUAUUGGGAUCUUUUGAAAUGGUCGUGUAAAUCUCUGGCUGGUAUAUCAUGAAAAUAGUCAUAGAUGACUUCAAUUUUUUCCUGACAUUCACUGUAAAACAUUCAGGGGUCCUACCAUUUCUGUUCAGGAAAUCUUGUAGUUUAUUGUUAUUUAACAGUAUUAAGUGAAUUUUUGUAUAUUUCCUUUUAACUUUAUUUGUGAAUAAUGAUUGUGGCAUGUUGGGGGGGAUGUUUUAUUAAUAGUUCAUGAUACUGGUAAAUUUAAUUAUUUGAGUUUUUUUUUUUUUUUAUUUUCUGGAAGAAACAGAUUCAUGUAUACUGGUGAAUAUUGGACCACUACUGCUUUCCAGCAUUUGUAAACUGGUUUUACGUUAAAUCCUGUAGACCUAACAAACUGCUGUUAUUUCUAACUGACAAACACGUAUUAAUAUUGUACUUUUGAAAGUAUAAAUAUUAUGUGGAAUUCCUUGGUUUUGUUUUGAAGUUUAUAAUAACAAAAUCUCCAUGU